AUGCCUUCUUCGCAGUUUCUUAAAUCUUCCGUUACAACCAUCUCCAAUGGGGCUAGCAUUUCUACAAACUCAAAGUAUAUCCGAAUCAUUAAUGUGACCCAUCUGAUCCCUUAUGACACUUAUAUGUUAGAACCUCCAAAACUUUCUGAGGAUGGUACUACUACAUAUAAUUGGUCUAUAAAACCACGAAGGGGUCAUUCCGCUCUUUACGCUGGAAUUCAUUCCUUAGCUAAAGAUUGGGAUAGUUACCACAUUGGUUUCGUAGGUCAAAUUUUUGAUACAGAAGAAAAGCCAAUUGAGAGUAGUUCUUUUACCGAGGAUCUUAAGAAAAGUUUGCAGGACUUUUUAUUGACAAAAAAAAUUGUGCCGGUAUUUCUUGAAGAUGAACAACAUCACGGCCAUUAUGAGGGUUUUUGUAAAACUGUAUUAUGGCCGUUGUUUCAUUAUAUUUUGUGGGAUACCGCGACCGAUGGUCGUCAGGAAAAUCAAAAUUGGGUACAAUAUCGCGCUGUCAAUCAAGCAUUUGCCGACAAAAUCAAAGAAUUUUAUCGUCCAAAUGAUUUAGUUUGGAUUCAUGAUUACCAUCUUUUGUUGAUACCUCGAAUGUUACGUGAUUUGCUUCCUGAUGCCGCUAUUGGCCUCUUCAUUCAUGCUCCUUUUCCAAGUUCUGAAAUAUUUAGAUGUUUACCGCAAAGGAAGGAAAUGCUAGAUGGCAUGCUAGGUGCUAACCAAGUUGGUUUUCAGACAUAUUCUUAUGCGAGACAUUUUAUAAGCAAUUGUACUCGUAUCCUUGGUUAUGAAUCAACUCCAAGUGGUGUCGAUGCUAAAGGUUCAUUAGUAUCUGUUGGUCCUUUUCCCAUCGGUAUAGAUGCUGAAAGAGUUGAAAAGCAAAGAAAAAAUCCCGAAGUUGCUCCAAAAAUUGCUGCAUUAAAGGAACUACAUUCUGGAAAAAAAAUUAUUGUUGGUAGAGAUAAGCUCGAUUUAGUUAAGGGUGUAAUUCAAAAAUUACACGCUUUUGAAAAGUUUUUGUCUGAAUAUCCUGAAUGGCAACAUAAGCGUAGAGUCGCCGAGCUUAUUGCUCAUAUAAAUGGCACUUAUGGUUCUCUCAAUUAUACUCCUGUUCAUCAUCUUCAUAGCCUAAUUGAACAAGAUGAAUAUUAUGCUCUUUUAAGCGUUGCUGAUAUAGGUUUGAUUACAUCAGUUCGUGAUGGAAUGAAUACUACUUCUUUAGAAUAUGUUAUGUGUCAACAAGAAAAUUAUGGCCCACUCAUCUUGAGUGAGUUCACUGGAAUGGCUGGUUCUUUGGGUGCUGCUAUUAUGGUAAAUCCAUGGGAUUAUAGUGGCGUAGCUAAAGCCAUAAAUGACGCUCUUACUAUGAGUUAUGAAGAAAAACAAAACAAACAUAUGCAAUUAUACAGACACGUGACUAUACAUACUGCUCAAUUUUGGGCAAAAUCUUUUAUCAAGGAACUUAUUCACAGCUUAAAUAGUAAUCAAUCAAAUAUUACUCCUUAUCUUGACGUACAACUUUUAACGGAAAAAUAUAAAAGCUCAAAAAACCGAUUAUUAUUAUUCGAUUAUGAUGGUACGCUUACACCGAUUGUAAAAACGCCAAGUCAAGCAAUACCACCACCAAAUAUGCUCGAGGCUUUAAAAAAACUUGUGGAAGACCCAAAAAAUACCGUAUGGAUAGUGUCUGGGCGUGAUCAGAAUAUAUUGGAGAAAUGGCUUGGCAAUAUUAAGAAACUUGGUUUUAGUGCAGAGCAUGGUUGUUUCCUCAAGUAUCCCGGAAGUGAUAAAUGGAUCAAUCUCACCGAAGAUAUUGAUAUGAACUGGAUGAAUGAUGUUAAUGAGAUUUUCACUUAUUUUACAGACCGUACGCAAGGUUCAUCCAUUGAACUUAAACGUUCUUCAAUCACAUGGCACUAUCGUCAAGCAGAUCCUGAAUAUGGUGCAUUCCAAGCUAAAGAAUGUCAAAAUCAUUUGGAAAGCGCAAUUCUACCAAAAUUACCUGUAGAAAUUUUGCUAGGCAAGAAAAAUCUUGAAGUUCGUCCAACAUUAAUUAACAAGGGUGAAAUUGUGAAGCGCUUGUUGACAAACAUGCAGGACGUAGAUUUCGUAUUCUGUGCGGGUGAUGACAGAACAGACGAGGAUAUGUUCCGAGUACUAAAAAGACCCGACUUUAACGAUGUAGAUUAUUUCACAACUACCAUUGGACCUCCGAAUAAAAAGACAUUAGCGAGUUGGCAUGUUACUUCACCCGAAGAAAUAAUUCAAACUAUGACAAAAUUAGCAGAUUUAUGUUAA